GAAAUGGUGGGGCUUCUCAUCGAGACCUUUGCCAUGUCGCGUGCAUCGUCUAUGCCUCCUUCCUCACUAUACAAAUCAGCCGUGCAGUGCCGUCCCGCGCUCAAGUCGCAGCGAAGCAAGGAUGAAUGGAUAGCUGUGAUCGAGACAGUUCUCGCUGAAGGCAGAGAGAGAUGCGGCGUGUUUGAACGCGUUGAGUCCAGUUACAAGGGCAAUUCAGAUCGUCCGCUCGAGGCUCAGUGGUUCUACGUCCCGGAGCGAGACGAAGACCAAGAGAGAGCAGAGCUCAUUCGGAGUAUGAUGCCUCGUCUGGAGAAGCGGAAGGAAACAAGAAAGUACAAGCAGUAUUACUGGCAACCAUUGGACAAGAUGUCCAAAUGGGACCCUGAAGACGAGAUGUGA